AUGAAAAGGAUAACUGACUUUUAUAUCUACUCAAAGGACAGAUCAGCAACAGUUUUUAACUUAACAAAAAAUGUAGAAACGAAAAAAAAGAAGAGUAAAUCAAGUUGGCUAGAAAAACUCUGCUGUGAAUUUGAGAAAACGAAAAAUGAUACACUUGAAUAUUUUACAAUUAUAAAAAAUAAGUGGAAAAAUAAUAUCAGCAGUUGUAAAUUUCCAACCUUUUUUAACUAUUAUAAUUCGAAAUAUAGAAAUUUUCCAUGGUAUAAAAAGUUAUAUUAUAUAUUAAAAGAUCAAGUUUACAAAUUGUUGAAUAUUAGACAAGCUGAAAAAAUGGAAAAAGUACAAGUCGAAAAAGAAGAAAAAGGAGAAGAGGAAGAAAUGAAAAGACAUGAAUUAUACACAGAUGAAAAUAAAAUAACCAGAGAUUUUAUUAGUUACGAAAACUUAGACUACAAAAACAAACAAAAACAAAAGAAUUCAGGUGAUUCAAUAUUUAGGAAAUAUAGAGAAAAGUUGAGAAAAACUAAAGAAAAUGAAACAUAUCUUAGUGAACGCAGUAAAUCAGAAUUGGUUAAAAGAAAUACCUCUUCUUCUAGUAGUUGUAUCACAGGAUUCAUAAGUCAUAAAAAAAUUGUGGACGAUGUCAAUACAUUAAUAGAUACAAGUUCGUUAGUAGACAAGGUGAAUGAAAAUUCCUGUGGUCCAAAAAACAUUAAAGAUGUAGAUAGCAACAACAUAAUUAACAAUAAAUAUAAGAAUAUGAAUAGUUUUUUAAAUGUUGAAAAGUCCCCUAAAUUUAAUAUUAAAAAUACUUGGGAAAAGUUAAGCGGAUAUAUUUCGUAA